GAGAAAUGAGUGAGGGUGAGGCGAAGCGGAGAUGGAAUCCGACGGGUGAGCAGGUGAGAAUACUGGAGAGAGUUUACAGGGAGGGCACCCACCGUCCCACCACGAUGGAGAUUCACCAUAUCACCGACCUCCUCAGCCGCCACGGAUCUGUCCAAGGAAUCAACGUCUUCUACUGGUUUAAAAAUCGCAAAGCAAGGGAGAAACGAAGCACGCGCAACAUGCAUGCCUCUGCCCUCACAGUCAAAUGGGGAGGCUUGGAAUUGAACUCUGGUGGUAGUGGUUGUGAUCACAGACAAUUUCUUUCCACUACUCGGCAGGAGGUGGUAGUGGGUGUUGAAGUGAAUGGGUGCGUCCUCCCAGGCAGGAAGGAAGAAAAACCUUUGCAGACUCUACAAUUGUUUCCUCCCUGCGAAAAAUGAAUCACCUCAUCAUGUGAAUGUAUGACCAUUUAAUUAUCAUCUGUAGAAAUUGCAUGCUCCAAAUAUCAUCGUUUUCUUUUUUCAGUUGAAAUAUUCAAGGUGUAUAAUGAA